CCCCCCCCCACCACCGCCACCACCAUGCCGAACCACUCCGACAGCGGUAGCGACUGGGAUGACGAUGUCCCCACCGUUCCGGCCCCCAAGAUCCUGAUGGUUGGCCGUGUGGUGCGCGAUUACAUUCCCGAGUCCAACAAGUAUCUUACUCUCUUCCAAGACGAGCUGGUCUACGUCUUCAAGCAGUCUUCCGACGUUGAUCCUAAGUGCUGGGAGGGCGAGACUCGCGGCGAGUACGGUGUUUUCCCCCCGGAGUACAUUGAGAAGAUCGCCACUUGAUGGGCGUUAUUCAUCUCCCCCCCCCCCUCUCUCUCCCUGCCCCCCUUUCCCUGUG